AAGUUACAACUGAUUAAUACUCUGGUAUGUAUACAUAGUCCCUGCAAUAGUAUACAAUAAUUUAACGAGAUGGGAUGGUUUAGCUCUGUGAUGGACGGCAUCGAGAACCAGGCCGUGAAACGAGGUAUUCUCACAGAUGUCGACACACAGGUGCACGAGAAGCUGGCCAAACAGGGCACGCUGACAACACCCACAGGUAGUGAGGCUGUGGUAACCGAUGAUGAAAUGAGCGGGAAUAACAAAACGAACGACACUGCGUCUACAUCAAAUGAUGCAAAUAAUAGUAAUGAUAUAAGAGAGGCACAUAGCCCGUUCACAAGGUCGCCCAAGGUCAAUAGAGUGGAUAUUUCCACCCCGACAGAAAAUCACGGAGGACAACAAGUACAUGCACAAAACAAUGAACAACGCCAAGAGCAACAGCUACAAGCACCCAAUGUACUCAACACGCAGAUGUCAAACGAGAGCGCGGGCGCCAGCCACGUGAGCCUGAUCUCGGGAGCGUCGGACGAUGAAGGCCUAGACCAUUCACAAAGGCUCGAGCAAAAUAUGCUGAGUGUCCUUUCUGGAAAUGGCGAAGGUGACAAUGUUUCCGCGCACAUCGAUGCUGCAAUCUCAGCUGAAGCUCCAGUGGUUGUCGAUAGCGGUAUCAAUGCUUGGAUGCAGCAAGUCGAAGCCGCUCCACCUAGUGAUGCCGAUUCAGAUACGGAUGUUGCAGAAGAGGCAAACAACGACUUCGUGUCGGAUUCGGAGACGGAGGCAAAUACCCCAAAGGCGUCUAGGGCGAAGGACAGUCGUGCAUAUGAUAGUGACGACGACACUGAACUAAAACACCCCACAAAGAGUGUACAGGCAGCACCCUUACCCGCGGGCAGCAAGAGUGUUAAUAGUGACCAAAGUGAAGCAUAUUCUGAUGCGGUAAGCGAGUACAAUGAAGAUUCUGAUACAGACGUGGAGUUUGUCGAUGAGUUCGGGAAUGUCAUCCCCGCAGAAGAACUGGACAAGGGCCUGUGGAAGGUACAAAGCGACGGAGAUGAGAGCCCAGCACACGCACACGAGGACGAAUACAGCAGUGAAGAAGAAAGCGGGAGUGGGAGUGAGAUUGAGUAUGUGGAUGAGGACGGCAACGUGAUUCCGGCUGAGCACAUUGCAGCUGGCCUGUAUGCGGCAGCAGAUGAGGAACUGACAGACGAGGACGCUGUGGCAAGAGGUGAGGAGCAGGCGUUUGCUGAAGACGCACACGAGGCGCUCGACUCAGACCGCAAUGAGGUUACUACCAUAGAGCUUGACCCAAAUGUACAGGCACUAAGUGAACACAAACAACAGAUUCUGGACACCGAGGUAGACUUUCAGGUGUACGAGGCAUCCGGUAGUGAAAGCAACGCGGAAAUUGAAGGGGGCACAACUCCGCCAAUUGCACAAUCCAGGCCAUUAGUGACGCUACUGGAUACCGAAGGUUCUGAGAGCUCCAGCUUCAAUCGUGUGGCGCCGGUCAGCGAUAGUGGAGAUGGAUACGAUGCUGAGUUGCACGAGAGUGCAGAAAAUUUGGCGACAGGUUUCAAUCGGGUGGCCCCUAUGAGUGAUUCUGAUAGCGAAGAUGACGCGGUUGUGAAGGCGAAUGCAGGUCAUGCUUCUGAUUCUGAUAGCGAAGAUGACGCGGUUGUGAAGGCGAAUGCAGGUCAUGCUUCUGAUUCUGAUAGCGAAGAUGACGCGGUUGUGAAGGCGAAUGCAGGUCAUGCUUCUGAUUCUGACAGAGACCCUGUUGACGAACCGAGGGGAUUUAAUCGCGUUGCGGCCAUGAGCACUGAUUCGAUAGUAGAGCCUCAAGGCUUCAAUCGCGUUGCAGACUUGAGUACUGAUUCCCUGGGUAUACCAGCAGGCUUCAACCGAGUUACAGCUAUGAGCACUGAUUCACUAGAAGAGCCGGCAGGAUUCGAUAGAGUUACGGCCAUAAGCACGGAUUCUCUAGUAGAACCGCAAGGAUUUAAUCGUGUUGCCGCUAUGAGUGCUGACUCUGUGGAUGAGAUGGAUGGGGAGCCCAAAGGUUUCAAUCGAAUGGCCUCAAUGAGUGAGAGUGGAGAUGAGGAUCUACUCGACUUUGGUACCGGCACGGUCCCUAUUACUCACACUGAACCGCCAAAGGCUGCUGCCAGGCCUAUGCCGUCAAUUGUGCUGGACGAGGCACCUACUGAAAGAAAUGAGUCGGCAGAACUAAAGAACAAGACCAGUCGUAACUUGCUGGAGUUUGCUGAGGGGGAGGAGUCGUUGGAUUCAAAUGACCUCUUGGACUCGAAUGACCAUCUGAGUGUAGUUGACAGUGACAGCGGCGACGAAGACCCGGCCUUUGACGUAGACUACGUGGAGUCUGCGCGACGCAAUAGCGAGAUGAAUCAAAGCAGUCGACAUGCCUCAGGUGGUGACAACGACACUGACGAUGAGAACAUGCGAUCUGUGAGUCGCAUGAGGUAUUUCAGGGCUUCAGAUGAGGAGGAGGCGGUCUCUGCUGAUGAGAUUGAGGAUGUGUGGGACACGGACGAGUACGGCAACCCAGUGGAUGCUGAUGGUCGCCCACUGGGCGUGAUGUAUAGCAAUGAAGAAGGUACUGUUCUACAAGGAGGUCUCGACUCCGUGCAAGAAGUAGAUGAGGAAGCUCUGGGCUCACAAAAUAGUUCUCGACAGAACAGCCGAGAAAGAGGCGACUACCGUAUGCCGCCGCAGAUGGUAGAACUCUUGGCUGUAUUGGAUCGUGAACGUGAAGAGAGGCACGCGGAAAUGGAGCACAUCCAGAAGGAUAUCGCGCGUGCUAACGAGGAGAAACAAACACUUGCAAAGCUCGCUGAAACUCUGGAGCGGGAUAAGGCCGAGUUGAAGGGCAUGCAUGCGGCGGAGAUGGCAGCAGUGCUGAAAAGUAAUGCAGCAACAAACGAAGCACAUCUCAGCGAGCUCGAGGCCUUGCAGGACAAGAACGAAGCUGAGAUACAGGCGCUGAAGAGCAUCAACGAAGAGCGCGAGCUUGUCGUAAGCGGCUCCACCGAGGCGCAUGCAGAGCUGCAGGAGAGACUGGAAAGAGCACACGAAGAAAUUUCACAGCUACGCGAGGUUAUUGACCGCACCACACAAGAUCUGGCCGAUAGCCUGGCGAAGGCUGAGGAUGAGACUAGCAAUGCGACGCAGGAGAAGCAAAAAUUUGCGGAGAAGGAAAUGCUCAGUCAGGAGCUUGAGAGGAUCCGAGACUCGCACACAAAGGCCCUCAUGGAUCUGGAUGAGUCACAAGAAACUACUCGCGACAUGGAGUCGCAAAUGCAAGUGGCGCUCGCGAAAGCCCAGGCGGACCUUGCUGAUCUGCAAGCAAGCAACGAUGCCGACAUGCAACGUCUGAGCGAGGAGAAGGAGCUUGUGGUGAUCGAGCUAGGGCGUAUGACUGAGAUGAAGGACCGCAUGAGUGAAGAGAAGCACCAUGCAGCCGCAGAGCUGGCACAGAGCCACAUGGGGGCAGAGGCGGCGCAAAUGGAGUUGGCCGAGGUUCGGGAUAUUUUGGAGCAGGAGAUAGGCGUGGUGAGCGAAUUGAAGGCACUGGCCGCCGAAAUUCCAGAGCUCAAGAUCAAGCUGGACAUCGCCUUAGCGGAUGUGGAUCAGCUUCGUCAGAAACUGGCGAUCGCGGAGGAGUCCCAUACGAACGAUGAGGAAAAGGAGAAGCUCCGUGAUCUGGUCGAGGAGACGUCUCGCAAACUACAAGCCAGCGAAGCAGAUGCCCAGGAAACCCAUGCGAAGCUUGCUGAUCUGGAAGCGACCGUCAGUAGGCUCGAAGCAGACGUGGAACGCGCUGAAGCCGAGGUAGAGAAGUCUCAAGAACAAAUACAAGCACUGCAGAAGGAGACUGACCGUGCGCGCCAGGAAAAUGAGGGGCUCACGAGCGAGUUGGAGGAGGUGCGCAGCGAACGAGCUAGUGCGCAGCAACAGGCCGAGGCAGCCACCGCGCGCAGUGUCGAAUUGGACAAUCGUGUACAUGAGCUGCUGGCAAAGACCAUUGGCCUGCAAGAGGCGCUGCAGGAGCUGGAGGGCGAGUCCGACGGGAACACCGCGGCCUUGCAGGACGAGUGUGCCGCACUAGAGAAGGCCAACAUCGAGCUGGAGGAACGGUACAGUGCGCUGGAAGCACGCAGUGAUGAACUGAUGGCUACGCUUGCAGAGGCCGAGACACGCAAGGGCGAGCUGCAGGACCGCAAGGCGGACUUGGAGUCCCGCAAUACGGAGUUGGCAAAUCGGGUCACGGAGUUGGAGGUCAAGCUACAGAUUGACGGGGAGGAGCGGUCUCAUCUAGUGGCAGAGAAUGAACGCGAGCUCGAUGCGCUCAAGAAAGAACGUGACGAAUUGUACACAGAGUCUGAGUUCUUGACUAAGCAGUGCGAGGCGCUCGAGCAGAAGUGCUUGGAUCUGGAGAGCCGGCUGAACGAGGCAGGGGAUGCCAGAGACGAGGAGGUGGUGAGCAUGCUGCGGUGGAAGAUCGAGGAGAUGCGUGGGGCAGUCGAGGCCACCCACCAAGACUUGGGCGAGCGUGAAGUAUUCGCUGACGCGCAGGAGGUUGUCUCAGAUGAUGACCAUAUGAGUACUGGCGAGAUGUUGGAGGCUGGCUCGGAUGUGGUGCAGCUCAAGAAACGCAUCAAGGUACUCGAGAAAGAGCUCAGCGUGGUCCGCUCGGCCUACGUGGAGUCUACCAGUGGUAAUGAUGAGGACUACGCCAGAGACAAUGAAGAACUACGCGAGAAGAAUGAGAAGCUAAACAAAGAGAUUCUUCAGCUGGAAGUGGAGGCGGCUGAGCUCAGAGGCGCGACUGAGACAAACGAGAGCCAAUGCGACGAGUUGAGGAAAGAAGUAGAGGCUCUACGACAGGAAUUGGCCGACAGCACCGCGCAGGCGUCUGAACUGCGCAAGCAAGUGUUUGAGCUGGAGGACAUCCGAGACGAUCUCGAGAGGAAAAUGCAAGAAAUGAAUACUGGCACUGGCGAUGCUGACUUCAAGCUGCGUUUGGCAGAGGAGAAGGUAUCUGUUCUGACAGAGCAGAUUGCCGCUAUGGAAACAGAGGCGGAUGAAACCGAAGCUGAGCUCGACGACGUCCUUGCGAAACUAGAUCUUGCUGUAGAAUGCCAAGCCAUGUGCAGAGAGCUGGAGAAGAAACUCGAACAAGCGAAAGAAGAGAAAGCGGCGGAGAGAGCCUCAGAAAUCGCUAGAAUCGAGGCCAGCAAGAAACAGCUUGAGAGCGAGAAGGCAAAAGCAAUGACUGAUGCAACUGAGCAGAUGAUUCAAUUCGAGAAGGUGAAGGGCGAGUUCACAAGGAAGAUUAAGAGGCUGACCGAUGAGUGUGCGCGUGAGCAAUCGUUGAGGGAAGAUGCUGUUGCGCAACUACAUGCGUCGGAUGCAUCUGUUGAAGUGGAUGCUAAAAUGGGCGAAAUGCACCAAGAGCUUGAGGCGGCACAAGCUAAACUCACCAUUGCGGAGCAGAAGAUUAGCAAAUUAAGGGACGAGGUCAAUGGCGCAGCGCCGGGAAUUGCGGAGAAACUCGCGCUCUUAGAACGUGCGGAUGCCAAACGAGCCGCAGAAAUACAACGGAUUAAGAAGCGUCUGACCGACCGUACUGCUGAGCUCAAGGCGAUCAAAGACGAGAAGUUUGAAUUAGAACGGAAUUCGAUCAGAUCUACCAAGGCGAAGGAACGCCUUAUUGAGCAAUUGAAAAAGAAGGUUGCCAGUUUGGAAAGCAGGGAUGCCACACGCUCAGCUUCUUCGAAUGGCAAGAACGAUUCGGAGAAGAAAAUGAGAGAGAGCUUCGACGCCAUGAACCGCCUUAGUGUUAAGCAAAGCAAAGACUUACAAGCAGCACGAAGGGAAAAUGAGUUGUUGAAGGCAAAUUUGCAAGCGUUAGAACUCGAGAGGGUACGUGCACAGGGGGAAAUCGAAGGAAGUAGGAGGCGAGAGCAUCGCGGCCGCUCGACAACACCUUCACAAAUACGUCGUAAUAACUCGAGAUCUAGGCAAGGUUCAGGGUCGCGGCAGCAGGCUCGGGAAUCGAUCAGGGCUUGAGUAAGUCACAACCCCACAACCCGGUAUCAUCGUUCCCGGAAUAAUCAUUAGUAAAACCCGAUUUAACAAGGGCGGCUGCAAGAGCAUGGACUCGCGCGUAAGAGCGUCGAAAGCAUGUAAUUAACAAAAGCAUGCGGAAUAUGUAGCUAAGAAAAGCAUGCGUAUUGUAUGAUAUAUGCAUAGCCAGUACAGGCAUGAACAAGUUGUUGCUCAAUAGUGAGCAGGUGACGACUCAGCUGCCUCCAGAUGGUAUGAAUUGCGAGUGAGUGCUCAUGAUAGACAUACGCUGAAAUAAAUCAAUUCCCACUUGUAAC